GAUGGAAGCACAGAGGCAUUCCCGUGUUCACAUUCCAUGGGGUGCUCUCCAGGUCUGGCAGGAAUAACUCAUGGAGUGUCACAUUUCUUCUCCCAGAAGCAAAUGCUGCUGCUCUCCUUCCUGCCUCACCUUUACCCGAUUCCUUCUGCAUUAGUGGGCUGAAUUUGAUUGCCUAAACCGAACCAUUAAAUGCCACAUGAGGUCCCCUCACGUAUUCCUCUUUACCUGUGGGACGGUCACAAGUUUUCCUCUUUCUGUACUCAUACCUGGGAUUGCCCCAACCCAAAUGCAACUCUCUGAGGUUCACACGGACCCGCUUUCUCAUCCUGUCCAGGUCCCUGUGGAUGGCAACCCUCCCUUCUGUUGUGUCACCUGCAGCACUCAGCUUUGCUGUGGACGCACUCGCUCUCGUCGUCGCUGUCACUGAUAAAGAUGCUCAGGAUUACCAGGCCCAAGAUGCACCCUUGGGGAGCACCACGUCUCACUGGCCUCCACCUGGACACAGAGCCGUUGACCACAGCCCUCUGGCUGCAACCAAUCCAAACAAUUUCUUAUCCAUCCCUCUCCAUUUCAGAUGUGCUGCAGGACCACGUCAGAGGCCUUGCACAAAUCCAGGAGGAUCUGUUCCAUGAUAUCCCAGGCCCAGAGGUGCAGCUUAUCGUCCUGUAGUUCCCCAAGUCUUCCUUUCUCCCUUCCUGAAAGCAGAGUGACGUUUCCCUUUUUCCAGUCAUCACCUGGGCAGCCACAGCUUUUCAAAUACGAUGGAGAGUGGCUCAGCCCCCACAUCACCCCGCUCCUCCAGAACCCUGGGAUGCACAUCAUUCAGCCUCGUGAGGCAGCCUGUGUGCUUACAGAGGGGGGUGCUUCACCCCUGUGACCCCUGCCCAGAGUUUCAAGGAGCAUGAGAGGUGUAGGAGCCUGGUGAAGACCGAGGCAAUGAGCUCACUGUCUAUUUCAGCCUCCUCCAUGUCUGCUUAAGUCACUUCUCCCUUCUCAUCUAUCAGAGAGGUACGCUCUCCUUGGCCUGUCUCUGCUGACCAGCGUGCCUGUAGAAUCCCUCCUUGUUGUUUUUCACAUCCCUUGCUAUUCUCAGCCCAUCCACUUUUUAACGCAGAGGGCAAUUCCCCACCCCUCCUACCUGGCCUAUCCCUUCUGAAACGCUUAGAGCCCUCAAUCAUCGUAUUCCAGUUGUGUGAAUCAUCCCACCACGCUUCCGCAUUAGCAAUUAAGUCAUCAUUUCCUAAUUGCAGCAGGAUUUCCACCUCCUCCUACUUCCAACCCACGGCCAGUGUCUCAACCCCUCAUCUGUGCACCCUGGGCACUGUCAGCUGAAACCGCAGCGUGGGGAGGGCACAGUGCAGCACCAAACCAAGUCAUGGCAAACGCAUUUUGAUGCAUUGAUUGAACGCAGUCUGGUGUGGAAAAAAAAAAUAAAUGCAUCCACGCUUUCCGUUUUGAUGCAGGAAUUUGAGAAUAGUCUUCAAAAUUGCAAAAAAAAAAAAAAAAUUAUAUUAAAUGAUUCACAUUUGCGACUGCAUUUUCAGUUGAUAUAAAUACACGACCUGCAGGUUUUCAGAUGGAAUGUGCAGUCGGGUCUCCGACUCAAAUAUUUGGUCGUGUCUUUUUGCUAGGCUUUUAUCAGGCCUCUGUUAACAGAGAGAAAUGUCCCCUGGCUUUGCUGAAUGUUGUUGGAGACCCAGCACUGGGUGUGAGCACAGUGGUGACACUGACAGUGGUCAGUUCUGCUGGUGGAGGUUUUGACAACGCGGCCUCUUGUUUGUUGCUGGUGGAAACUCACUGCUGAUGGUGGUGAUUGGUGAAAAAUACUGUUUUGUAGCUGAGAAUUUGCUCUGUCAAGCAGAGCUACUGUGCUCGUUGUUGUGGUUUCCAAGGGAAUAAAUAGGAGGCAUUAGUUUUGGAGUGAUCUAUGGCCCGUGGCAAUUCCUCUUCACUCAGUGUAGAAGGUCGGAUGUUCUAGAUCACAAAACUCAAAGCCCUGAGCUCAAAACCAUCCACACAGCUAUUCAAUCAACAGGUCUGUUCUCCUCCUUCUGCCUCAAUCCCAGUCCUUUAUGAAGAAAAAAGGGAAUGGAAACGCACAGCUUCUUCGAUUCUGUCUUGUUUUUACUGAAACUUCGGUCGUAUUCUGCUCAUACAGAAACCGUCCUGUGGGGACAGGGGAGCGUGGAGAGGCACAGCUUUGCCACUGUCACUUUGUGCUGUGCUAAGAAGCAGCUAAGUUUCCUCGUGGUGAUGGCAAAAGUAAUGUAAAGUGGAAAGAAGCUUUCAGCUGGUGGUGUUCUGUAAGGCAGUGAGGCAGCGCCGGGUUGCUUCUCAGUACUGGGGUGCUCCCUGAAGGGUGAGGUGAGGCUGAGCAUGGAGUCAAACAGGCCAAGGGCAUGGGGGAAAAAUGCCCUGUCUUGCAUCAAGAGGCUGUAUUUAGAGGGAGGCUAUAAACGAGAUGAAGAGCGACUGAUUAUACAGUCUGAUAAUAGGGAACGGUUUUAAACUAAGAGGGGAGGUUAAGGUUGGAUGUUAGGAGGAAAUUCUUCACUCAGGGGAUGGGGAGGCGCUGGUACAGCCUGCCCAGAGAGGUUGUGGGUACCCCAUCCCUGGAGGUGCUCAAGGUUGGGUUGGAUGGGACCCUUCCUGUCUGUCCUACUUCCUGUGAUUGAUGCCAUUUGUAGUUGGUGCGUCCCAUUCAACUCUUCUUUUGUACCAGGGCAGGUUCAGUUUUCUCACAUUCCACAAAUUUAGCUUAAGAAAAUGCAAAUCUUUGGGAUGAAAGGAGUGCACCUCUGCGAGCGGUGAGUAAAGGCACUUUGUAUUUGAAUUACAGAUUCAAAUUAGUUAAUUAAGCAUUAAGGUGGGGAAAAACCAGUCUUGGCUGAUCUGCUGCCUGUGGGACAAGUCCUCAUUCUCAAAGCACCACUGAAAUUUUAUACUCAGUGGAAAAUCCCAUCCCUCUCAUCCUUGAAUUCUCUGUAUCUACAGGUACAUGAGAAGGAGCAAUCAAGCCCUCUGUGAACUGUGACUGAUUAAUUGUUGUGGGGUGCUGUAAGAGACUGAGAAGCAAGAGGGCUGAUGUCCCAAAUGCUCCCUAGAAGAGUGAAUUGAGAGCACAGCACUAAGAAAAUAAAGAGCAGUCGGAGGAGAGGCCUAUUAAAAUGGAAGUAACAUCUCUCCAGUGCAUCUGGUCUCAUAAAACUAUGAAGAUCUGGGAGAGAGUGAGACCAACCUACAGCCCCUCCAACCCGCUGCUGUUGGGAAAAGCCAAACCCAACUCACGUUGGAGGGGGCACGACGACCGCCUGGACCCCAGACUCAUUUACAACCAGUGACAGAACUCCUCCUCGGGUCGUGACAGAGGAUUUCAGGAGACCGAGUGUCCCUGGUCUGCACCCCUUCUAUUUGUGGCCAUGGUUGUCAUCACCCACCUGAUGUUUUCCUCUUAAUCAGCACCCACCUGGUGUUCUAAUCUUUUCCAGGUCAAGGAAUUGUAACGUUGAGGUUUAUUGUGGCUUAUACACCUGAACAAGACAUAUGUCAACGCAGCAGUUGAGCCUAUUUGUCACACAGCCCCCAUCCUACCCCCUCCUCUAAUGAGAGGGAAAAUGCUGCUUGCUGUUACUUUGCCUUUUGUGUGAAUUCCUGUCCCAAGGGAGUGCUUAUAUUGACUGCAUGUUCUGGAAGGCCAAGUGGGGACAGGCCCAAAUCUUGCACAGUUGAUGAAACUGAGCAAUGAGCAAUUUGUAACGAGCUGGAGCCUCCACCCUCAUAUCCACCAACACCUCAUAAGCCUCUGCAGCUCCUGUUAGCAUCUAGGAGCUCCACUGAAACUCUGGUUUGGCCCAUGAAUCUAUGCUGUAAUACAGGUUUGUUGGUCUCAAGCUCCACUACAGCCGUUCCUGUGCUUGACCACUGAUCCUCACAGUGUGAGAAACAGGUAGGAAAGCUCCCUGUCACUCCACUCUCCUGCAGGAGUUCAUAAACAUGAAUCAGAUGUGAAAAAAAAGGACAGCAGAACCCUCCAAAUUCCUGGCAUGCCAUGAAGGGCUGUGUGUUACACUGGAGUGAGAAAAGAAACCAACCAACACAAUUUUAUUGAGUUUCAGACUCUGAACCAAGAGAACAAGGCUGCGUGCUGCUGCUUAAUGCUUAUUCCCCAGUUAUUCUCUUAUGAACAGUAACUCAAACAUGAUUUUUUCUUUUUGUUUUCCUCCAAGAAAGCAGCUUACUGUCCCUUCCACAAAGCUGAUUCACCUGAGCGCACACGGGGCAUCUCAGUGUGCGCGGCCACAUUCUGGUGGUGAUGUGGACACUGAGACUUGAUUUAUGCUUAGAAAGUUCUGUGUUUGUUAGGCAGAAGCUAAUUGCUUGCAGCUGGGAGCCUGCUGAACCAGUGCAGUGUUCAGGAAGGAGCAGCUCACGUUCCUCCUGCCAUGCGAGAGCUGGAGAUGUUUCUUCCAUCUUUGCUUUCUUCCCCCUUGCUUCAUGCAAAGGCAAAACUGGAGCUGUCAAGAUCAUCUAGGGAACAGUAUGAGGACUACCAGAUUCGGGUGCGAGCCUAACCAAUCUAGGACCAGAGUUUAGAGACAGGUUGUUCAUUUGGUGCUCAUUUAUUGUCAAUAUCUACCCGCCCCUUUGUAACCAGGAGUUACUUUGUGGAGCCCUUUUAAUUGACGUGCAUAAAAGUAGUGAUGAUGGAGGCACAUUUGAAAUGCUGAGCACGACGACCGGUUGAUUGCUGUGUCCCACUCUCUGUAACCUCACCCUCUAUGACCUCCUUUAUUUUUUCCCCAAUUGCUUUUAGACCCGAAGCACCCCAGAACAUAUUAGGAACGUUCUCGAUACGGGGUUUCGCUUUCUGUUCAUGUAAUUUCCUUUUGUGUUUCUUCAGUGUGUUCUCACAUUUAUUCCUCUAAUUUGUUCUCCAGCUCAUCUUGUGUUAUUCUUCAUUUAUACUGCAGAGUUAUUAGGGACAAAUGCAGCUCACGCCAUAAGCAAUUAUGGUGAAUGUAAGAAGCCCCAAAAGCUGGAAGAGCUCUUAAAAGCCCAGCACUAUUCAGCCACCUGUCCUUAUAAAUACAUUCCUCUCUCCUGCCACAGCUAGUGACAGCUAACAGUAAGAGGUGCAAUCAGUCACAGGUGAUAAGGAGUUUUCUCCCUCUUGAAAAAUGCUUUUUGUUUAACUGAUUUUCAUAAUAUUUGCAUUAAGAUCCAGGUGCAGGACACAUACAUAGAUUUAGCGAAUCAGCAUGGUGCAAGAUGUUUGAAAAUCAUUUAUUUUUUUGGCCCAGGAAGGACGUGAGAGCUAGAAUCUCGUAGCAAUGUACAUUAAUUAAAGCCAGAAAUGCUUAAAAAUGAGAGCUGGCGAUGCAAAGUAGGAAACAACGUGGUAAUUCUUUAACCACGACUCUUGUGGAUGUUUAAGUUGAGACUGAUGUUUCUUCUCCUAGAAUUGUGGUGCUAAGCAGUAAGGACAAUGCACCAUGAUCCUAUUUCCAGCAAGUUAUCAAUUCCCUUCACUUGACAUUCUGUUCAGUGCUCAGUCUUAAACAUUCACAGGCGUGUGCAUCAGGCUUACCGGACUCAAACCCUCCUGCAUCUAAUGGGAAGAAAUGAGAACCUCCACGACCUGAGCAGUAGGUAAAAAAAGUAGAAAGUAGAUCAGUUAAGUGUCUGCAUUACCUGGAUGGACCUCAGAGAGAUGGAAUGUUUGCACCACGCGAGACAUCAGUUCCAAAGUCAAAGGAUACAAAGGCAAAGAAGUGGGCAAAAAAAAUCCUUGCUGCUAACUGUGAAAUAAAUCGCUUUUUGUUUCCGAAUUCACACCCAAUCAACGGAUCCUUCCUGAGAAAUCAUAAAGGAAGGGAGAUGAAAGAAAGGUGCCUGAUGUCCCUGUGAACUGGGGCAGCUGUGACUUUUAUGUCCUGCUCCUGUCCCCUGACAGGAUUGUUGGUUGCUACAACCAACAAGAACUUAAACACCCAUCCUGUGUCAGUGGGCAUCAUCACCACCAUCCUCUUUAAGCACUGAGCCAGUGCCACGUGUCCUUUUAUGCAGAGACUGAGUCUGUGCUAUGAUUUUAUAUUCAGCUGAUGGACCAAAAUUCAACCCAAGCCGCAGAGUCCAUGCGGGGAACAGAAGAGCCUCAGCAACUGAGAAUUCUAGACACUGUGUGAAAGCCUUUUAGGUAAUGUAGGCAUGUCUACUGAAGAUCUCAAAAGACACAGCAACACGUGUAACCAUUAACAUCCCUUACCUCUGGACUCAGAUUGAUAAGGAGAUUAAUAAUUCAUCUUCUCUUGAGAUAAAGCACAUUGAAUAUGGCAGCAUUUCAGAGCGUGCACUAAAGACUGGGUGCAAGCAAAUCACCAGGUGGUAGAUCUCUGCGUUAGCAGCAGGUACAGAAGGUCAAGAGCUUUUUUGAUAAACGAUCCCUGAACUGCUUUUGGGUUUCAUUGUAGGUGUUUGGACCACAGUCUGGCCAUGACACAAUCCAAACCUUUGCUUUUGCUCUCUGUUCAUCCACGCUGUGCAACAACUGCCCUGAUCUGGGAGACCGAGAGCAGCAAAAUUCUGCCUGAAGAUUAAGGACAUGCUCAAUACUGCUAGCAGGCAACUUACAGCACCUUUCAUCAAAAGCCAGCUGGAAGAUGGAUCGAGCACAAGGGGAAUCCUGCCCCACAGAUCUCAAGCCCUUCCCAAGCUGAGUGGAAACACUCGGCCUGUCUUCAUCGUCCAGCACAGAGCAAAGCAACCGUGGUCACGCCGUGCAAACAGCCGAUGUUCUUUGCAGCUCAUCAGCCCUCUGCACUCACACACCUCCAUGCUUUUGGUCCCUCACUGGGCUGCUCUUUUAAAUGCUGCUUCAAGCCCAGCUCCACGCAAGCAAAGCAUCACAGAGAAAUGCAUCUUUCUGAAGGAGCGGUUGGGUGAAUCUUGUGUGGGAGGAAAGUUCUCAUUUCUAAACAGACGAGGCGUUGCUGUGUGCACGAAGCUGUAGUCUGGCCAGGCCAGAGAGCGCUAAGAAAGGGUGAUGCAAAAAUAGCACAGGCUGAUUCUGAGCAUGCAGGAAGUUCAUCACACACCACAGAGUGAGUUCCCAGCACGUGGCAACGUUUUGUGUGUCUCCAGAUUGCGUCUAGCCCUCUGUUGGUCGUCUCUGUGGGCUGAUGCAGGGCCAGAGCUCCCGGUGGCUGAGUUCCUCCAUUCUCAGAGCAGACAGCAGAACUGCAGCCGUGGUCCUGCUCUGCCCCUUGACUUCACCAUCAGCCCUACAUCCAAGCAGGGACACGUUCUCAAUUGUGAGCCCAGAGAAAACGUUUUGUGGGACAGAGGAGUGGGGAGAGGCGCUAGUUUACUUCUACUGCAAGGAAUGAAACUGCAGUGCUGUUUCCUUGCGGUGACAACGGCAGCGAUAGUGAGUGCAAAGAAGUUUUCUGCUGUUGGAGUUCUGCAGGUGAUGGAGAGUGUGUGGCUGCACUCAAGGCUUUGGGUUGUUUGCAGGCUUCUCACUGCUGGGAUGCUCCCUGGAGGGUGAGAUUGGGCUGAGAAUGCAGUCUAAAGAGUAAAGGAGCAGUGGGGAUAUGUGUAAAGCACAGAAGAGAUGCCCUGCCUGGCGCAGAGAGGUUGUAUUUGAAGAGAUCUUGUAAACAAGAUGGACAGUGAUUACACAGUUUGGCAGUGGCAGGACAAAGAGAAAGGUUUUAAAAUAGAUGUGGGGUGAUUAAUGUCAGACACUGGGAAGACAUUCUUGAUUCAGUGUGUGUUGAGGCACUGGCACAGGCUGCCCGGAGAAGCAGUGCCCCAUCUCUGGAGGUGCUCAAGGAUGGAACGUAAGAUUCUAUGAUUCUAUCUAGGUAUAGAUAACUGUAUUAUUUUUAAGGUCCCUUCCAAAUCAAACCUUUCUCUUUUAUGACUCUGUGAAAGACCAGGGGUGGUCAGCAGUUUGGAGGAGACAGAGCAAGGAGGACAGCUGACCUAAAGAAACCAAAGUGACACUGCAUGCAGAAUGAGGCCAUGAUCAGCAAGGAGAUGUGGGGAAAAGAGGGAGAAGGGAGAAGUUUCCUCCCUUCAGGAAACAGGAAACGCGGACCAUGCUGAGGGCUCUACGUGUCCUGAAAUAAAAGCGGUGUCUCUGCUGACGCAGUAGACGCACCAUAGGCUGCAUCACAGCCUCUCGCUGUGAAUAACUCUCCAUCAGCCGCAGAAGCACCACAGGACACGUCCGAGGCUCACAAGACAAACCUGUGACCAUCUGCACCCAGCUCACAGCAAAGCAGGUGCCGGGAGAAGAGAUCUCCAAAAGAUGUGGGUGCAGACGGGAUGGGCCACGCCAUGUCCUCGUGUCUCUGCCCUCCUGCUGCUGGUGCUUGGUACUGGUGGGAGCACACAGAACAUCUGCAGCUCCGGGACUGAUGGUGUUCUCCAGGCUCCUGUCCUGUACCUUAAUGCAUCCAGUGCUCAGGAAGGGGACGUUGUCCUGGCUCAGUGUGUUCUUCAGGACCAGUUUCCUGCUACCCGAAUUGUCUUCUGCAAGGAUGGGUUGGAGGUGUACAGCAUGAAAGCCCAAGAGGGCAAGGUCAUCAACUCUGUGCUGCUGAGCAUCACUGAGAGAAGCAGUGGGACUUACAAGUGUUUGUACGAGCAGAGGAAUGAGAAAAACUGGAUGAGGAUCUCUGUCCUCAGUGCUCCCCGGGACCUGCGUGUCACAGGCCACGUGUCCGGCUCCACAGAAGGGACAACAAGUGCUGUGUCCACAUCACUCCCUUCGGACUCAACCGCACUCCAUCAACCCCAAGCUCUCUGUCCCCACGCCUCCAAUCUGUCCCCAGACCCCAACAACCAGCAGGCCUCCGCAGUCACUGUGCAGAGUGUGGCAUCGGUGACUGUCAUCCUCCUCCUGUCUGCAGCGACCUUCUGGACCGUCAAGAAAGGUACCUGCAGGGAGAGAUGCCGAAGGCAGCAGCACGUUCCCAGCCAGCAGAUGGAAGCCACUGACUAUGGAGAACUACACUAUGCCACCGUUGUCCACUAUCAAAGGGACAAGUGCCAUGUGCUGUUUAUAUUUAACUGUGCAGUCAGAGUUCCAGAUGAAUUUAUGAGUUCACCGGUUUCUGUACAGGUCAGAUUUAAAAGCUCUGCAAGAAACAGUGUGGCAGAUGAACAGUCCUGAGAUGAGUUGUUUCUUCUGUGUUCUGCUUCUGCUCCAGAUGGCUCGUGCAGAAACCCUUGAUGUAUCCAAAUUGAUUGAAGCGAACCACAACCUCCUCAUAGGUGUCACUGCUUUAGUCUCCGUUCUCCUUCUCAUGGCCAUCAUCAUUGCGUUCUACUAUUGCUUCUGUUCAGUUAAUCGUUCAAAGGAUCCUGAAGGAGAUCCUGAAAGAGGUAAAGCGUAGGUUAGAGUAAAUGCUGAUGAUUACAGAUGUCUUCGUUGGUACUUGAUUGUGUAUCUGUUUGGAGUAUGCAUUUCAGAGCUGCUAUGGGACCAUAGGGUGUGACCCAAAUGUGAUUCCCAGAUGCUGUAAGUAAUGAAUUAAAUUGAGAGCACGAGAGAUUUUGCAAGUUUUGAGGUGCCUUGUCUAAUUUCAGACUGAAAUACAGGGUCAUCACCGAUAUCCAAGACUCAUUUGCAGAAAUGCAAACACAAAUGUCAUUUCAGGUGUCGUAAGAUACUGUUUGCCUUCUAAGAAGAUCUGUGCAGCUGUCUGUGUGCCCCUAGCACACCUAAGCCUCUAAAUAUCUUUGUAAGGGAAAGUGAAUCCAGGCCCACACACCCAUUUGCCAUCAAAGGGCAGCUCAAGGAGGCAGCUCUUUUCUCCCAGGGCAGAUCAAAAGAAAGGGGAAGAGGGAAGAUGGAUUCUGGGAGCUUUAGUUGGUACUAAGUUGAAUUUGAAUGAAUGCUCUGUCUUAGCAGUCAAAAAGGACUGAACCCCGUGGGUUCCUUCCACCUCAGGAUAUUCUAUGAUUCUAUUAAUCACUCGUGGAGCUGAGAAUCCAUCCUGGGUGGUCAACUGAAACGAGCACAUUGAAUUUUUCAACUAAUAUUUUUUUAUUUGGAUGGACACAGGAAUAAGAACACCAACCUCUGCUCUUUAUUUCCUCUCUAGGGUCACUCAUUCCUGACAAUUCUGAAGGUAAGAGUUAUGGUGCACAGAGUAGUAAAAAAAUAAUGUCUAUGCCAUAUUCGACUACACCGUAUUCAACUUCUAAUGCAGGAUCUCAGAAGCCAGUUUGUAAGACUGCAUGUGUCUUCCAUUCAAGUUAAUACUGGCAAGAAUCUCCAUGGCUCUGUCAUCUGCUGGAUCUGCUGUGAGAGCAACACCACUGUAAAGGUGGUGAAAGAGUGAUUUUUGUCAACUACCUCUAUUUGCAAGCAGUCACAAAGGAAUUU